GCAGCGAACAAUCGGCCUCAGUUAUUUGUACGGCAGCUCGCAGCGGCGCAGCACUCAGUCCGCCGCAGCCCGUCGACGCGCUCACACGUUCAUGGAGGGAACCAGCGGGAGGAACCGCGCACAGCACUGCUGAGCUCCCCGCCGUCCACUGCUCCCUGUGUGAUGACCUUAGAGUUUGAUUUGUGAAUCCUGAAGUGCCCAAACUGCCACCUCUAGGCUGUUUUCUCUUGUUCAAUUCCCACUGACUGAAAUGAGAACCGCUGAAGACUCAUCUGGAACGGUCCUGCACCGCCUCAUCCAAGAGCAGCUCCGCUACGGGAACUUGACGGACACUCGCACGCUUCUUGCCAUCCAACAGCAGGCCCUGCGUGGAGGCAGCAGCGGCGGGGGCACGGGCAGUCCUCGCUCCUCCCUGGAGAGCCUGACCCAGGAGGAGUCCCAGUACAUCCAGAUGUCCAAGCGGCAGGAGCCUCAAGGCCAGGAGCACCAGGGGGACUGCCUGCACUCCGAGAGCCAGGUGUGCCAUCUGUACCAGCUCCAUGGAGAGGAGCUGCCCACAUAUGAGGAAGCCAAGGUCCACUCGCAGUACCUGAUCUCUCAGCAAGGGCAGGCAGAGCAGGAAGCGCCCAGCAUGGACGUAAUGGGGGGUCGCAGUGAGGGACAGUGGGAUUUGAAGAGGGAGCAUGCUCGCUCCCUCAGCGAGAGGCUCCUGCAGCUCUCUCUGGAGAGGAACGGACCUCGACACAGUCUUGCUAUGAGCUCCUCACACAGUUAUCCACAGCUGUAUAACAAUAAUGUCACAAACGCUGUGGCGCCUCAUAGGCAAGGGGCCCAGCAGUGUGUGGAGCAGCGUGGGCCGCCCCCGGACUACCCUAUCUUUGCCAGACUUCCUGGAUAUAUGGUCAGCCACUCACAGGAGCAUGGACAGUACUGCAGAGACCCUCCUCCCCCCUUAUACUCACAGCAUCACAGCAGGUAUGUGUCUGCUCAGUCCCAGGUGGCUCACAACAGCAUCACCGCAGCCUCCAGCAACAACUCAGCCCAGACCGACGUGUUGAUGCGGGAGAACGAGCGGCUCCGGAAGGAUCUGGAGGUCUACGUCGAGAAGGCCGCCAGGCUGCAGAAGUUGGAGCUGGAGAUCCAGAGGAUAUCUGAAGCUUAUGAGACUCUGAUGAAAGGCUCCGCCAAGCGGGAAACCCUGGAGAAAACAAUGAGGAAUAAACUCGAGGCUGAGAUUAAAAGGAUGCACGACUUUAACAGAGACCUGAGAGAACAACUCGACACAGCUUCCAAGCAGCGAGCGGCAAAGGAGGCCGAGUGUACAGACCAGAGGCAGCACGUCUUCGUCAAACUGCUCGAGCAAAAUGAGGAGCAGCAGCGGGAGCGUGAACAGCUGGAGAGGCAGAUCCAGCAGCUGCGCGUCUCCUGCGAGGAGAGCCAGAGGAGGCACGAGCUGCUGGAGCAGGCCCUGGCCUCGACGCAGGCCCGCAACCGGCAGCUGGAGGAAGAGCUGCAGAGGAAGAGGGCCUACGUGGAGAAAGUGGAGCGGCUGCAGAGCGCGCUGGCGCAGCUGCAGGCGGCGUGCGAGAAGAGGGAGACGCUGGAGCUGCGGCUGCGCACGCGGCUGGAGCAGGAGCUGAAGAGCCUCAGGGCUCAACAGUCUCAGAACCAGGCAGCUGACCCCACGGCUUCAGAGCUGAGCUCCUCCACGCUGCAGCAGCAGCUAAGGGAGAGAGAGGAGCGUAUUCUGGCCCUGGAGGCGGACAUCACCAAGUGGGAGCAAAAGUACCUGGAGGAGAGCACCAUGAGGCAGUUUGCAAUGGACGCAGCUGCCACUGCUGCAGCACAGAGGGACACAACCAUCAUCAAUCAUUCACCUCGGCAUUCACCAAACAGCAGUUUCAAUGAAGACCUUCCUCUGUCGAGCCAUAGACACCAGGAGAUGGAAAAUAGGAUCCGGGCUCUGCAUGCUCAGCUCCUGGAGAAGGAUGCUGUGAUCAAAGUCCUCCAGCAGCGCUCCAGAUGGGAGCAGGGCAAGCUGGAGAAACAGGGGCUUCGCCUGGCCCGGUCCGUCCCCUCCAUCAACACCGUGGCCGGCAGCACAGAGAGUAAAGGAUCGAGCCUCUCAGAUGACCAGACAGGUGCUGCAGCGCUGCAGCCCCGACCCCGCCUGGUGCCCAAGGGCCCCAGCCGACACUGCGGCACCCAAAGUGACGAGGCCUCGCCGGAGCUUGAGCUCACGGCGGAGCCUAGCAAGCUAAAGAUGUCCGAGGCCAUUUCAGCAGCUACUACUGACUCCUCGGAGGAGCCAAAGGCACCACUCAAGACAUUCAAGAGCAUGAACAGCUCGGACGCAGAGGUGGUUGAAAUCCUCAUUUGAGAGCUCGCCGCAGCUGAUAUGACUGAUAUGAACAGUGACUCCCGAUGAUGAGACUGUUGGCCGAGGUGCGAAAGGCCUUCGACGCCCGGCCGUACGUGAAGAAAGGCUGACCGUCUGACGUGAAUCUAAGUCAGCACGCAGAGUCCAGAAUGUGGAUCACAGUCUGGAGAGCAGAGCUGAGUUUCCUUCUACUGCAUGACUGACUGUAGUUGCCCCACGAGUCAGAACCUUCACGGUACCUGGACAGUAUUGUGUGUUAAGAAAGGAACCGGGCUGCUGGUUGUGCAUCUAUAUAUACUUGUUGUGCAUGUAACUUUUUUUAGUUAUGUCUUGUAUUUAUAUUUGUAAAUGCUGCUCAUGUUGUGAUGUUUCUUUUAUGUCUGAGGAGAAAAAGGAUCGGUUGUCUUGCUCUGCUCCACUUAAUUUAUACACAGAUAUACUCACUUGUCUGGAUAAGUGCGCAACACAUCUACGUUUGGUUUGGUUUCAUUUCCAGUAGCGAGCCCAUUACUAUCCCCUCUGAAAUUAACGGGAAUAUUUAUGAAAUGACUCACGAGCAGCUCCUGUCUUCUCAUGCCGUGUUUGAGGAUUAUUCUGUUUAACAGGAUGGCUCGAACCUGAAUUAGUAGUUGCUCCUCUCUUAAAAAUACAUUCGGGGUCCUGCUCGCAGCUCCGCCGAGGAUUCGGAGACUUCCUUUGAAUGCGGGGCCCGCGGAUCGUCUGCUCGUUUCUCUCUUUAAAAAGCCUGCGAGGAUUGAUAGUGUUUCACGGGGGUCUAAUUUUCCAGAUCCCGGGUUAAUGUUUGGGGCCUCAGAUGGCGACUGCCCAGCAUUUCGCUCCCCUCCGCUGACACGCUGGAGCUAAUCUUCUCACAUUCCCUCGCCGGGGGAAUGCUCCCGUUAAAGAAAAAGGCUAUCUAAAGUCUGACCCCUCGCCCUUGUUAAAAUGGCAAGCAUUCUCCACAUGAUUCCUUUUCUGGGGCUGGUUGUUUCUUCUGAGCCGGGGUAGCUGGUUCUACCACAGGCGUAGAAAUGGUCAACUAUAAUUGGCCUGCAUUUGCUCCUCUAUUUGUUGUCCCCAUCGAUGUGUUAUUUUCUCCACUGCUCAAGUAUCUCACAUUUCUGAGUGGCCUCCAUCCUUAACAUGGAAUCUUCUAUUUAUUCUCCCUGCAGAGAUCACUGAACGCUGCUGAAUGUAGCCCCCUGUAGUCCAGGACUGAGUGUUGUAUUUAACUGGAAUGUGCCACAAGUCAGAUUUGUUCUACUCUUCAGAGGGGAAUACCGCUAAAACUCAACGUCAGCGGAUUUGUGGAGAAGCUAAUGUGUCGUCCUCCGGUUUGAAAUUGUUAGUCCUGAGUUUAAGGCUCCGUCUUGACAACAUUAUCAACAGGAGUUUUGUGUGAACUGCCACAAACUGGUAUUCCCCUCCGGGCCUUUCACCCCAUGUCCCGUCACAAUGCGUUUGCUGGUCAGCGCCGCGCGUCGGGUCGAGUUAAUGCCCUUCACUUUGUUUGGAAUGUGUUUACAUGAAUGGCUAUUUGAAGUGAGAGAAGUUAAUAUAUUUUGUAGUUGUUGUUUUCAUUUUUAAACUUGUUUUGUUUUGUUUUCCGGUGCCAAAGAUGUACUCGACUUUAAGUUAUAUCCGAUGACAAAUACGAAAGGUUCUGUUGAGGCGCCUCGCUUCGCUGGUUGACCCAUUUUGAUGUUGCUGUGAACUUUUGUAAAGGAAACAUUUGUAUGUAUGCCUUAACAUUUCACUAUAAUAGAUUAAAAUUCUUAAUAUAUGUCGGU